GAGGAGGAGGAGGAGGAGGCAGAGGCGGCGCGGAGGCGCCCGGGAGGGGCCAGCGCCAGCCCGAGCCUCUGCACAAAGUGAAACUCCUGGAAGUUGCGGGCGCGGGAAGCGUGGCGGACGCGGCCCGGGCGCCCAUGGCUCUGAGCAAAGGGCUGCGGCUGCUCCGGCGGCUGGAGGCCGCGGGCGACAGCAGCGUCCUGCUGGAGGCGCGUGGCCGCGGGGACUGCCUGCUCUUCGAAGCCGGCACGGUGGCCACACUCGCCCCGGAGGAGAAGGAGGUCAUCAGAGGCCAGUACGGGAAGCUCACGGACGCUUACGGCUGCUUGGGGGAGCUCAGGCUGAAAUCCGGUGACGCGUCCCUGAGCUUCCUGGUUUUGGUGACGGGCUGCACGUCUGUGGGCAGGAUCCCGGAGGCCGAGAUCUACAAAAUCACCGCCACCGACUUCUACCCGCUGCAGGAGGAGGCCAGGGAGGAGGACCACCGGCUCUCGGCCCUCAGGAAGAUCCUCAACUCGGGCGUCUUCUACUUCUCGUGGCCCAGCGACGGGUCCCGCUUCGACCUCACCGUCCGGGCGCAGAAGCAGGGCGAUGACAGCCACGAGUGGGGGGACGCCUUCUUUUGGAACCAGCUGCUGCACGUGCCCCUGCGGCAGCACCAGGUGAGCUGCUGCGACUGGCUGCUGAAGGUCAUCUGCGGGGUGGUGGCCAUCCGCACGGUGUACGCCUCGCACAAGCAGGCCAAGGCCUGCCUCAUCUCUCGCAUCAGCUGCGAACGCGCCGGCGCGCGCUUCCACAUCCGCGGCGUGAACGACGAUGGCCACGUGUCCAACUUCGUGGAGACGGAGCAGACGAUCUACAUGGAUGACGGCGUGUCGUCCUUCGUCCAGAUCAGAGGCUCCGUCCCGCUGUUUUGGGAGCAGCCAGGGCUGCAGGUCGGCUCCCACCAUCUGAGACUCAACAGAGGCCUGGAAGCCAACGCCCCUGCUUUCGACAAGCAUAUGGUCCUGCUGAAGGAGCAGUAUGGGAAGCAAGUGGUCGUGAACCUGCUGGGGAGCAGAGGCGGUGAGGAGGUGCUCAACAGAGCCUUCAAGAAGUUGCUCUGGGCUUCCUGCCACGCCGGCGACACGCCUAUGAUCAACUUUGACUUCCAUCAGUUUGCCAAAGGCGGGAAGCUCGAGAAGUUGGAGAACCUCCUGAGGCCCCAGCUGCAGCUCCACUGGGAUGACUUCGACGUGUUCACCAAGGGCGAGGGGGUGAGUCCACGUUUUCAGAAAGGCACCCUGCGCAUGAACUGCCUCGACUGCCUGGACCGGACCAACACCGUGCAGAGCUUCAUCGCGCUUGAGGUCCUCCACCUGCAGCUCGAGAGCCUGCGGCUGAACUCGAAGCCCAUCGCCGACCGCUUCGCGGAGUCCUUCAGAGCCAUGUGGUCGCUGAACGGGCACAGCCUGAGCAAGAUGUUCACGGGCAGCCGGGCCCUGGAGGGGAAGGCCAAGGUGGGGAAGCUGAAGGACGGGGCCCGGUCCGUGUCCCGCACCAUCCAGUCCAACUUCUUCGACGGGGUGAAGCAGGAGGCCAUCAGGCUGCUGCUGGUCGGGGACGUCUACGCCGAGGAGUCCGCGGACAGAGGGAGGGUGCUGCUGGACAACGCGGCCCUGCUGGUGACCCCCAGGAUCCUGAGGGCGAUGCUGGAGCGGCAAUCGGAGUUCACGCACCUCAAGCAGAUCCGCGUCGCUGUGGGGACCUGGAACGUGAACGGCGGGAAGCAGUUCAGGAGCAACCUCCUGGGGACGGCCGAGCUGGCCGACUGGCUGCUGGACUCGCCCAGGCUCUCGGGCGCCGCCGAACCCCAGGACGACAGCAGCCCAGCCGACAUCUUUGCCGUGGGGUUCGAGGAGAUGGUGGAGUUGAGCGCAGGGAAUAUCGUCAAUGCCAGCACCACCAACCGGAAGAUGUGGGGCGAGCAGCUGCAGAAAGCCAUCUCGCGCUCUCACCGGUACAUUCUCUUGACCUCGGCGCAGCUGGUGGGCGUCUGCCUUUACAUCUUCGUGCGCCCCUACCACGUGCCGUUCAUCAGGGACGUGGCGAUCGACACGGUGAAGACGGGCAUGGGAGGCAAGGCCGGCAACAAAGGGGCCGUGGGCAUCCGCUUCCAGUUCCACAGCACCAGCCUCUGCUUCGUGUGCAGCCACCUGACGGCCGGGCAGUCCCAGGUGAAGGAGAGGAAUGAGGACUACCGGGAGAUCACGCAGAAGCUGAGUUUCCCCAUGGGGAGAAACAUCUUUUCUCACGACUACGUGUUCUGGUGUGGCGAUUUCAACUACCGCAUUGAUCUCACGUACGAAGAAGUCUUCUAUUUUGUGAAACGCCAAGACUGGAAGAAGCUUCUGGAAUUUGAUCAGCUGCAGCUGCAGAAGUCCAGUGGAAAAAUCUUCAAAGACUUCCACGAAGGCACCAUUAACUUCGGACCCACCUACAAGUAUGACGUCGGCUCCGCGGCCUACGACACCAGCGACAAGUGCCGCACCCCCGCCUGGACAGACCGGGUCCUGUGGUGGAGGAAGAGGCACCCCUUGGACGGGACAGCCGGAGAAGUCAACCUCCUGGACAACAACCUGGAUGCGGACUCCAAGGUCAGACACACCUGGUCUCCCGGCACCCUCAGGUACUACGGCCGAGCAGAGCUGCAGGCGUCCGAUCACAGACCCGUGCUGGCCAUCGUGGAGGUGGACGUUCAAGAAGUGGACGUGGGUGCCCGGGAGCGGGUGUUCCAGGAAGUGUCCUCUUUCCAGGGCCCGCUGGACGCCACCGUCGUCGUCAACCUGCAGUCGCCGACCUCGGAGGAGCAGGCCGAGUUCCCCGAGGACGUGCGCACCGAGCUCAUGCAGACCCUGGGGAACUACGGCACCAUCGUUCUUGUCAGGAUCAACCAAGGGCAGAUGCUGGUGACUUUCGCAGACAGCCACUCGGCGCUCAGCGUCCUCGACGUGGACGGCAUGAAGGUGAAAGGCAGGGCAGUGAAGAUCCGGCCCAAGACCAAGGACUGGCUCCAGGGCCUGCAGGAGGAGAUCGCCCGCAAGCGGGACAGCGUGGCCUCCAUGUCGCCCACGGCCAACUCCUGCCUGCUGGAGGAGAGCUUCGACUUCACGAGCUUGGACUACGAGUCAGAAGGGGACAUUCUCGAAGACGAGGAAGACUAUCUGGAUGAAAUAAGCCAGGCCCUGGUCUCGGACAGUGACCUGGCGGGGGACGACCUUUCCGACGCCUCCGGCUCCACGGCCGCGGCCCCGCCCAGCAAGUCCCCUGCGCUCACCAAGAAGAAGCAGCACCCAACCUACAAAGCAGGCUUCAUGGUGAAAAAGUCGGCCUCAGACGCAUCCAUCUCCUCCGGCACCCACGGGCAGUACUCGAUUCUGCAGACGGCGAAGCUUCUGCCGGGAGCGCCUCAGCAAGCGCCCAAGGCUAGGACUGGGAUAAGCAAACCCUACAACGUCAAGCAGAUCAAAACUACCAACGCUCAGGAGGCGGAAGCAGCGAUCCGGUGUCUCCUGGAAGCCAGGGGAGGCUCGCCAGGAGAAGCCCUAGACGCCACGGCCCUGAGGGACCAGGGGCCUCCCAAACCAGAGCCCGCCGCGGGGGCGGCCCCGCCCCUGCCCCGUCGGCCAGCACCCAGAGUCCCUGCCAUCAAGAAGCCAACCUUGAGGAGGACCGGGAAGAUUGUGUUCUGCUCUCGCUCCCAAGCUUCCCAGCCUUGCUUGCUGCUGCAGAGACAUGAGUUUGUCAGGACGGUGGCGGCCCAGAGACUGGCGCCUCUAGAGGCAUCUGGAUCUUCCGUUUGACCUCAGGGUCCUGGUGCCGGACGCUCGCCCACGUCACCAGAAGAACCACCAGGGCAACAGCCGGUCCACUUUACCAUCGGGCCCCCCGAGACGAGCCCUGAAGCCCCUCCUCUCGUGGCAGCCCCUCCUGUCCCCAAACCAAGAACACUGCAUCCUGGGAAAGGUGCCGAGAGCGGGCCCCGCGUGGAAAAGCCAGCAGAGGAUGAGGCCCCUUCCGCCGUGGCUUCCCUCCUGGAAGUCCCGCCCCUUGUGCCCCAGGCGCCCCCGAGGAGGAAGAAGUCCGCCCCCGCAGCCUUCCACCUGCAGGUUCUGCAGACACGCAGCCAGCUGCUCCAGGGGCUCAGCGGUGGCGGCCCCCCUGCGCACCAGCCUGACCGGGGCACGCCCUUUCCACAGCCGGCUUUCCCGGGCCCUUCGUCCGCUGCAAGCCCCGAGACCGAUGGCCCCAAGGGCCCGAAGCCAGAGGCGGCCCCCCUGCUGGGCAGCUGUCAGGACCCCUUCUGGAGCCUUCUCCACCACCCCAGCCUGCAGAACAACACCUGGCUCUCCAAGAGCUCUGACCCCCUGGACCCGCGGACCAGGAACCUCGGAAGGGUGCACACAGCCCCACCGCAACUCAGCGGCUCAGCUGCCAUAGAGGGGGGGCCGCCGCCAGAGCCCCGGCAAAAAGACUUGGGUCACUGGGCGGCCGUCAGCGACAAGGACAAGAGGACGGUGCUGGAGGUGUUCGACCCGCUGGCGGAAACCUGAGCGGGAGCCGCGGACGGCGCCCUCGUGGAACGUGCGCCUUCUUCCCUCCGGCACCGCCGUGCACAUCCAGCCCCCGGGGCCUCGCCACCCUGGCCAAAAGCCCCCCCUGCCUAGGGCACGCUGAGAAGACACCCCUCCCUGUCACUCUCGUGCCCUGUGCGAGAGUCCUGCCUCGCGCUCCGCAAGGUGACGCCGCAGCCCCCGGGAAACGCCUCCUUCCGGACUUGCGCAGUUCGGGUUCCCUCUCGGGGGUGCGGGACGCUGCCCGUUGGAGUCCGCGUGCGGGUUUUAGAAAGCGGACUCGGCGGAGGGUGCCUGAGAAGUUCCCUCCCGUCGAAUUUUAAAAGGCUGUUCAAUGUAUGCGUGUACGCGGUGUUUCUUCAUUUUGUCUGCGCUUCGCAGGUCGGGGUGGUGUUCGGGCGCCACCUGGAGGCUGGUGCGGAAAGGAAGGGUCGCACGGAGAGGGGGUGGGGACCAGUAGGAGCCGGCCCUGGCCACUGACACCGGGUUUAAAAAAGUCAGAGUGGCAUCACCUAGGUCAGCCAAGCCACUGGGCCGUCCGUUCCCUGUGUGAGCCCUGGGGUUGACUUAGGUACUCGGGUGUUAACCCUGACCGUGCGGGAGACGGUGUCCACACUCUCUGGGUUCUGGAGCCUUUGCCAUUAGCUUGACCUGAGCUCAAACCUGCUCAAGACUUCUGCAUCCUGUCUCAGAUGUGCGUGCCCCGUAAGCUGGUACUGUCCUCGGUACUGCCCUGGGGCGCCACUCCAGCCAGGUCUUACACUCUGUCCAUCCCCUUUUCCAGGGAAGUCGGGAAUCCUUUCCUUCCCGCACUCCGCAUACCUGGCGGAAGCACAGAUGGGAAGACUCGCCCCGGCGCUGAGGUUGGUCCUCACUGUUGCAACACGAUGAAUAUUUGCUUUAGGUCUGCCUGGCUGCAGAUAAUAUUUACGUCCCUUUACGUCCGAAAUAUUUACGUCCCUUUACGUCCGAAACCCCAGAACAAGCAUUUCUUGGUUUGCUUCUCCAUAUGUGUCGUUAGGUUUAUCUUUUGCCUACGUUUUUUCUGUGUGUCUCCAACACCAUUCUCGCCUGUUAAAUCAUUUAAAAAGACAUCACUGUACUCUUCUGCAUUCUAAAAAUAAUGCUAUAAGGUCUAGAGUAUCAUUUGGAGCAGAUACAGUUUUGCUAAUAAGUAGUUGACUGGCAAGAUCUCACCGUGUCCCGUGACUCUGCCACCCCUGCCGCGACCGAGGAACUCUUGUACAUGAUGCUGACAUCGGGACGGCAGUGACCAUCUUGCCCGGGGUCCCACUCUCUCUCUGUCACUCAGACCUCUGUGUUUUCAGAAUCAUUUCUCACUGCCACUCGCAAGACACACUGCCGAUUAUUUAAAUCUGGCACUCGAGACGAAACAAAACCGCCCCAUUGUCUCAGUUCACCUGAAAACUGAUCAAAGACAGAGGUAUGGAUGACCCAUGAGAUAAGCAGAGAAUCCUUGAGCUGAGGGGUCGUUCCUGGCCCCAGGUGAUUAGCAUACCAUCUGUAGUAAGUGCUUCAUCUACACCACUUUUCGCUCCGACCAAAUCAAACACACAACACGACCCGUGAAAGCGUUAGAGGGAGAAAGGGAGCAAGAUGGACAGUGGGCUCGGGGCAGCUCAGUGAUUGGCCGGCAUGCCGAGGGGGCACUUGGACCACGGAAGUGAAGAUGUUUUCAUCCAAAUGCACUUUUGUGCAUAACCUUUUCUCCCCCACCGCAGAGGAGACGGAUUUGAGAGCAGAAACCUGUGACGAGCAGUCGGGAAGGCAGGGUGAAGGGGCUCCCAUGACAGUUGCCUGCAGUGCUGGGAAUCGGCCCAGUUCUCGGCUUUCUUCUUUGCUCCAGAAAGCCAGCCGCCAGCAGCGGUGCAGAGAACAGGGUUUCAGCUCAGACGCAUGCCCGCCACAUGGGUGGCGCUUAAGAACCCGACGGUGGGUAGCGACACCCAGAACCGUGCCGACCUUGGGAGACAGGUCCCAGGAAAAAUGACAAGUAGUUUAACAUGAAGAAUUGACCGAAUGUUAUGUGAUCGUGGGUGUUCAAGGUUAGUGAACAGAUGGAGUUGUGCGUAUAGGGUUCUCACACCAACGUUCUCUAAAAAAAAAAAAAAAAGACGAUUGGAAUUCCUAUUCCGGGAACUCCUUAUUUUUUAAAUCAGCACUCGCGAGAUGGUGGGUUUCCGACGUUAGCAGCGGUCCGUUGAAUAACCUCGACAGCGAGCCUCUGCCAUCUUGGGGAUUUCAUUCUGUGGUUUUUGUAUUUUUUGUUGGAUGCCCCCACACAGGGCUGUCACUCGUGACCUUGUCGUUCAUUUCAUUACUUUUCCGUAAGACAUUACGGUUCACGGCAGAGUGUGGCAAACUCGGUACUUUACAAUCCAACACCAUCUCUAUCACUCAAGUUCCUGUUCUCCCUUUUACAACUUAAUCUGCAACUUCUUGCGUAUUUUUAAAAUCUGUUCCACUGAACGGCCCUGGCUGGUGUGGCUCAGUGGAAUGAGCGCCAGCACCUGCAAACCAAAGGGUCACGGGUUUGAUUCCCAGUCAGGGCACCUGCCUGAGUUGUGGGCUGGGUCCCCAGUAGGGGGCGUGCCAGAGGCAAUCACACAUGGGUGUUUCUCUCCCUCUCUUUCUCCCUUCCUUCUCCUCUUGCUAAAAAAUAAAAUCUUUUAAAAUUUGUUCCAGUACAUGAUUGAGAUUAAAACAUCUGCCUAAGCAAUUCCUGUAAAAGUUUUCAAGUUGUUGAAAUUCAAGACACUUAAUACAAUUCUCUCGACGUGUAUAAGCAAAGAAAUGCAUUAAAACAUUCUCUGAAUAAUGAAGUGAUUUCAUCAGAAAGGGGAACCACAAAAAUUAUUUAUUAACUGACUUGGCGAUUACUAAACACUUUGUAAUGUUUAUUUGAAGUGUUAGUUUGUAUUGAAAUUGUAAAAAAAAAACCUAUUAAAAUUUUUUUUAAUUGGGUUUCUUUCUUUUUAGAUACGAUAAACACUUUGGGGUGUCUUUUUUGGCCAGCCUUCUAUUCUGGAUGAAAUGUGACUCCUAGUUAUUCCUCUGUUUGAAUUUUUGGUUUUGGUUCUUUUUUUCAACCAUCAAACUAAGUUG